CUGUAGCGGAAGUAGCAGACCAGUGUUAUCCGUAGUCAUUGUUAGCUAGCUAGCCGAAUAUAUCUCCCCCUUACCCUUGUUGUCCCAGAGAAAAUAUAUCUGCUAUUUAGCCAAGUCAUUACUUUAAUUUUAUAUUUGCCAAAAUGCCGUUGGAAAAUCUGGAAGAAGAGGGUCUGCCUAAAAACCCUGAUCUUAGGAUAGCACAGCUGAAAUUUUUGCUCACAAUGGAUGGUCACCGACAAGAUGCUAAAGUGAAAACCGAACUCAUGGACUCAAUCAAAGAAAACGAUAUGGCACCUUACUACGAGAGCCUGUGUAAAGACCUGAAGUGGCAGCUUGACACAGACCUAAUGAGUAAGAUGAAGAAGGCCAACGAGGACGAGCUGAAACGUCUGGAUGAUGUCCUGGAAGAUGCUGAGAAGAACCUCGGGGAGAGUGAAAUUCGAGAUGCAAUGAUGGCUAGAGCUGAAUAUCUCAUCAGAAUUGGAAAUAAGGAGGAAGCGUUGACUGCCUUCAGGAAGACCUUUGAUAAGACUGUGGCCCUGGGACAUCGGCUAGACAUUGUGUUCUACCUGCUAAGGAUUGGACUGUUCUACAUGGACAGUGACCUCAUCACGCGCAACACUGAGAAAGCCAAAAGCCUUAUUGAGGAGGGGGGUGACUGGGACAGGAGGAACCGUCUGAAGGUGUACCAGGGCCUGUACUGUGUGGCCAUCCGCGACUUUAAACAGGCUGCUGAGCUCUUCCUGGACACGGUGUCCACCUUCACCUCCUACGAGCUCAUGGACUACAAGACUUUUGUCACAUACACCGUCUACGUCUGCAUGAUUGCCCAGAAGAGGCCCGACCUCAGAGAAAAGGUGAUAAAGGGAGCAGAGAUUCUGGAGGUGCUGCACAGUCUCCCUGCUGUCCGCCAGUACCUCUUCUCACUAUACGAGUGUCGCUACUCUGUUUUCUUCCAGUCACUGGCCACAGUGGAGCAGGAUAUGAAGAAGGACUGGCUGUUUGCCCCUCAUUACCGUUACUAUGUGAGAGAGAUGCGUAUCCAUGCCUACAGCCAGCUCCUGGAGUCCUACCGCUCACUCACCCUGGGUUACAUGGCUGAGGCCUUUGGAGUCAGCACAGAGUUCAUUGACCAGGAACUCUCACGAUUCAUAGCUGCUGGUCGCCUCCAUUGCAAAAUCGACAAAGUAAACGAGAUAGUGGAAACAAACAGACCUGAUAGUAAGAACUGGCAGUACCAGGAGACCAUCAAGAAAGGGGACUUGUUGCUCAACCGUGUCCAGAAGUUGUCUCGAGUUAUCAACAUGUAAAAUGGAUGGCCGUGUUCUUUGGGAGGGAGAUUAAUUUUUCUGUUGUACCAGUAUACAAGAAUUGACCCUCAUUGUGUAUAUAAAAUUCUUUUUGGUGACUUCUUUGUUUUCCUUUGAUACAGACUUGGAGAUAUCAAAUAAAAUCAGUAAAGAAGCGA